AUGACGGAAAAUGUUGGGACAUCCUCAAAUUUUCAUGUCUCGCCUACUUUUGAUGCAGAUGAUUAUCGGUAUGUCCAACACUUGAUUUUUUAUUCAACUAGUGAUAGUGAUGAUUUGCCUAAUACCGAGGAAUCAGGAGAUAAUGUUCCAUUUGAGGCAUCAUCUAGUGAUGAUGAUUUUUUAAUGCCCAUUCGGUCGCCAAAAUCAAUGUCCAUGAGUCCGUUUCGCAAUCAUGAAAUUCCUUAUCUUGAUCAUCUCCUAGAAGGUUCAAAUAUCUUUGGCGAUACACAUGAUGAAUAUUCAUCACAACAUACGUGGCGUGAAUCGGAAGUUUUCAUGAAUAGUACUAUUUAUAUUGAAAAAGGCAUGUUAUUCAAUUCAAAGAAGCAGUUGCAAAGAGCAGUUAAGCUUCUACAUUUAAAGAUAGCGAGAGAGUACUUUGUUAUUAAAUCGACAAAGAAAUCAUGGCGACAUGUUUGCAGGCGUGUAGAACAAGGAUGUCGAUUUAGGCUAACUUCUUUUAUUGAAAAACAUACUAACAUGUGGAAAGUUGGAAGAUACAUUAAAGAACAUACAUGUAAUAUGGGUACGUGCCGCGAUGGACAUUUUAACUUGGAUGUUGAGAUGAUUGCUAACGUCCUCCGUGUUGAUAUAGAAAAAACGCCAAGGUUUCCUAUCAAAGACUAUCAAACAGCCGUUCUUAAAGCAUAUGGCAUUUCGAUAAGCAGAAGAAAAGCCUAUAUUGGUCGCAAGCGUGCUUUUGAAAAAGUAUAUGGUACUUGGGAAGGUUCUUUUGCCGAGUUGUCGAGGUUCAUGGAAGCUUUGAAACACUUCAAUCCCGGAACAAUAGUUGAAGGGAAAACAGAGCGGCGUAUCGAUGUUAUUGAAGAUGUAUUCAACUAUGUGUUUUGGACUUUUAAACCAUGCAUUGAUGGGUUUGUGUUUUGUCGUCCUGUUAUAUCGAUUGACGGAACACAUGUCUAUGGAAAAUAUGAUAUCAAGUUGUUGAUUGCGAUUGCAACGGAUGGUAACGGCUCAAUAUUACCUUUAGCAUUUGCAAUAGUUACGAAUGAGAGCAUGGAGACGUGGAGUUUAUUUUUGGAUAAUUUGCACUUGCACAUUGUCAAGGGUCGUAGAGAUAUAGCAUUGAUUUCAGAUAGGCAUCACGGAAUACUCUCAUCCGUCUGCAAAUCACAGGAGAAAAAGUUUUUGAAAAAAAUGGAGAUGAUCAAGGAGAUUAACCCGGAAGCGUAUGUGUGGUUAAUGAAGAACGAUCUUGACAAAUGA